CCUUUUGGAUAGCUCUCCAUAGUACUCCUCACUGUAUCUUGGUUUCAUGGUUCCUGCUCACCCGCUAAGAUUUUAGUCACAGAAAUACCUCAUGAACAACUCCUGUAACUAUCCAGCACACCGGAUAUUGAUCCAAGCUUGGAGCCACUGGAAAUGUCCAUCAGAUAGUUAGUCUUCAGGCUUGUAAAUCCACUGCUGAAGCCCUGCCUGCUUAAUCCAAAAAAGAGCAGUAAGUCUGCCAGAGAAAUUAGCUCCCCAUCUUCCCUUGCUGCUCAGUCAAUGUUUGAUUCAUUCCAGUCUCAAAACUCAGAGGAAGCAUGUCCUUUUAGCAGAUUUGUACCUGGGGCAAGCCUGAGAGGAGCUACUCAGGACUCUGCUCUGGUGAGACCCCCCUGCAGUGCUGGUCCAGCUCUGGGUCCUCAGCACAGGACACACAUGGAGCUGCUGGAGAGGGGCCAGAGGAGCCCCAGAAAUGAUCCGAGGCUGGAACAGCUCUGCUGGGAGGACAGGCUGAGAGAGUUGGGUGUUCAGCUGGAGAAGAGAAGCUCCGGUAAGUCCUCAGUGCGGCCUUUCUGGACUUAAAAGGGGCCGAGAUAAGAAAGAUGGGGACAGACUUUUGAGCAGGGCCUGUUAUGACAGGAGAGGGGGUGAUGGUUUAAAACUGAAGGAGAGGCGAUUCAGGCCAGACAUGAGGAAGAAAUUGUUUAAAAUGAGGGUGGUGAGAGCCUGUCCCAAGUUGGGCAGAGAGGUGGUGGAUGCCCCAUCCCUGGAGACAUCCCAGGCCAGGCUGGACGGGGCUCUGAGCAACCUGAGCUGGUGAAGAUGUCCCUGCUCAUGGCAGGGGUGGCACUGGGGGAGCUUUGAAGGUCCAUUCCAACCCAAACUAUUCUAUGAUUCUAUGCCCCAGAAUGGGCCCACAUCACACUCAGGAUUUUCAGUUGCUAUGGUAACUGAUCCCCUGUCCUUAACCUGUUGUGCCAAUGAACUGUUCUAGAGCUCACCAUCAAGGAAACCACCACUUUUGUCUGAUUUCCUAGGCACGAGAUUACAUAAAAUCACAGAAGAGAGAAAAAUGAAGUCUUACAGUCAUCAUAAGCAUUUUUAACCUCUACAUAAUACAGUGGGAUAACUCUUUAUUUAUUCCAAUGUACAAGGCAAGACAUUUCAUAUGUGGAAUUAUUUGGGUGCUCCUAAAAUGUUGCUUGGUUCCCUUCUGUCUGUUCCCCUCCCUCCCCUCCUACUCCAUGCUAUAGUUACUGUUUUGGAAAGUCCUUGCAGAAAGCACCAUUCUGUCCUGUCAGUUUAGAAAUCACCAUAGAUGGGUCCAUUGGUGCUAAAAUUGCUCUAGAAUUAAUGAUGGAAUUACUGUAAGCUGGAGUUUUGGCCUUGGCCCCUUGUAGUUGCUGCUGUACAAAAUCUAUCAGGAAUAUAAUCACUGAAGGUGAAAUGUUAAUGAUUCAGCCUCACAGAUUAGGUUUUCUAAGCUGGAUUUGGUUUUGCAGGCCACCCUUGUCCACAGGGAAGAAGUGAGCGGCAGCAUCAACAUCUUUGAUACUACACUUUUGAUUUGGCCCUGUUUGAAAUGUAUCCUACCACAGAGCUACCUUUUUCUUCUGAGAAUAUAGACACGGUCUAAAUGAAGGAGAGAAAAUUAAUUCAGAGUUUAAUAGGCUUCAGCACUUCUCAAAGAUGGAAGUUGAUGCAGGACCAGCAUCUUAGUCUUCCAAGAGAAGAACAUGGUUCAAGAUCCAAAAAGGGCUACAGCACCCAACUUGUGAAGUCAGCUAUUGCAAUGCGCUGUGAAACUCAGUCCAGGCUCUAGACAGGACUUUCACUGCUCCCCUAUCUCCAUCACAUGUAAAGCAAACCCCAGACCUGUUGGAAAUCACUGAGCUUUUUCUCAUUGCCUUAGGAAGGACAGCAUUAAAAACUGCGAUGUCAACACAAAUUUUGAGUCCACAUCUGGAGUACCAUGUCCAGUUCUGGGCUCCCCAGUUUAGGAAGGACAAGGAAUUACUGGACAGAGUCCAGCGGAAGGACACAAAGAUGCUGAGGGGGCUGAAGCAUCUUUGUGAUGGGGAGACUGAGAGAGCUGGGGCUGUUGAGCUGGAGAAGAGAAGCUGAGAGGGAUGUGAUCAAUGGGAUCAAUAUGUCAGGGUGGGUGUCAGAGGAUGGACCAGACUCUGUUCAGUGGUGCCCAACGCCAGGGUGAGGGGCAACGGGCACAGACUGAAACACAGGAGGCUCCAUGUGAACAUGAGCAGAAACUUGUUUGCUGGGAGGUGCCAGAGCCUGGCCCAGGCUGCCCAGAGCGGGUGUGGAGUCUCCUGCUCUGAGACAUUCAAACCCGCCUGGACCCACCUGUGUGAUCUGCUCUGGUGACCCUGCGUGAGCAGCUGGGUUGGACUGGGGGAUCUCCAGAGGUCCCUUCCAACCCUAAGCGUUCUGUGAUUCUCUGAUUCUGUGCAAUGGAUUGUGUGAUGUCACAUCCUGGUUUCCCCAGCAGAGCAGUGUUGCCUUCAGUGAGAACAUGGACUGGGGAACAAGUCCUGAGGUGUCUGCAGAAGCAUCACUGCUCUGAGUGUUGUUGAACAGUGUGUGAAAUGCUGCUCCUCAUCCUCUUGUGUUUAACUUCUCUGAUCAGCAGCAUCCAUGCAGAGUGUGGCCUCCGACCAGGUUUCGAGUCCUUCCAGCUGACUGGCAAGAAGAUCGCAGGGGGGAGGUAUGCCAAGGCUGGGGAGUUCCCGUGGCACGUGAGCAUCCAGAGCAGCGGGAAACACAUCUGCGGAGGGACCAUGAUCAGCGCGCUGUGGAUUUUAACCGCCGCCCAUUGCUUUGCAGAAGAAGUGCCGCCAGAUCUCACCAUUGUGGUGGGGGGAACUGACCUCAGCCUCCCGCUGGAAGAACAUAAGCCGGACAGCUUGAUCCUCCACGAAAACUUUGACAGUGUGAGCAUGCAAAAUGAUAUUGCUCUGAUCCUGCUCAGCUCUCCUGUGGAGUUCACCAAUGAGAAGAUGCCCAUCUGCUUGCCCUUCAUUUACGACAUCAAUACGUGGCAACAUUGCUGGGCUACUGGGUGGGGAACCACAAGUUCAGAGGUUGCGGUGCCAGCAUCCCAGCUGCUGCAGAAAGCACGGAUGAAGCUCAUCAGCAGGGAGCAGUGCUUGGAGCGGAUGCCGGAGCUAGGGGAGAACGUGGUAUGUGCGGAGCUGGAGAAAGGAGAACAAAGCUCCUGCCAGGUGGACAGCGGGGGACCUCUGGUUUGCAGCUACUGGAACACCAUGAAGUGGUUUCAGGUCGGCAUUGUCAGCUGGGGAGAAGAUUGUGCAGAAAAGCCAAACCAUGAGAUUUUAAUGUCUGUUUACAGCUACCGUGGCUGGAUCGAGGCUGAGACAGCCUUGAGGGGGAAACCUUUUUUCAUUGAAGGCGUGGAUAAUGGUGCAGAUCACAAGGAGGUUCCUUCCAGGGCUGAGACACAUCUGGUGUUUCUUGAGUAUUGUCUCCUUUUAUUUAUCUCUUUAAUAGCAAUUAGAUUACUCUAGAGAAGGUGUUUUUCAAAACAUAAUAAAGUUCAUAACUACCAUCUCAUCAUUCUUUUUCUGCUGACCCAUAGAGUCAUGGCUCAGGUCAACCUGCUCUAUCUCACUCAGGUGAACACAGGCACCAAAAUGAGAUGCCACAGUGAGACAGGGGAGCGAUGGAGAGGCCAAAGAGAUUAAAUGGGAGACCCAGAACACAGAGAAGAAAAGCCAUAAUCUUCUGAAAAACCCAGACUUUCCACACAGGUGUGUCGGAUGAGGCCCAGUUAUUUGCUAAUCUCACAUGCGAGAUGAAGACGUGGCGUCUGAAGGAGCUGUUCCCCUUGGAAAGCUGAAAACCUAAGAAAAGUCUUAGCUUAUGCAGUUGUAUAUUGUCUUAGCUGUUGGUAGGAUAGCCCUGGGUUAAUCUUAUAGAUAAUUAUUAGCUGAACUAACAUAUCUUCUAUCUUGCAGCAAAGAGCAUCUUCAGAGACCACAGCAACUGCUCAGGUGAUACAUCAAGCUGCUGGGACAUGAUAAAUGUCAAAUUCAGUGUCUCCUUAAGCUAGGAAGAGCUAAACAAUCCUUUGGCUAUUGUCGGCAGGUGUAGCAUCAUAUGACUAAUCAGUAUGAUUUACCUGGAUUGCAAAUGCUGGGCUUUGGUUGUUAAAGGCAAUCGAGAAAAAUCUGUCUGGCUGAAGAGAAUUGUUUCUGAGCUACCCAUAAAGUGCUGUCUACAGAAGACCCUUGGCUUGGUAAUUGGCCAAAAUUAAGCCCUUGCAAGUGAAUGGUAAAUAGAAAGCAAAUACAGUUUAUUUUGUAUCCUUUGUUAGAGGCCUGUUCCUUGUAUUGCUAAGAGGUCCACAUCCCAGCCUGAGCUGAGCUGGUCCUACAUGCAACACAUGGUCCUUCAUUGCUUCUCCGUCAAUGAAGCUCAUUGCAAUACACAUUCUUGUCUUCACGAGGAGGUUGCUCUUCUUGGAAGUGGUGGGGAAGGAGACAAGCAGCAAUGUCUCCUUCUUCUCCCACCUUUGCAAUGGCAUAAAAGCACCUGUAAUUAGCAGCAAUGGUAAAACUCAGUGAAUGUGCAAUGGGACAGAACCUCACAAAUUGGUUUUAAUUACCUUGAUAUUUUCUGGCUAGCUGGUGGAGAAGCUUUGUAAAUGAGAAUUAAUUCAUCUACCUUAAGCUAAUGCGAACCCAUCUUGGCAUAAAAGUCAGACUUUAUUUUCUGUGUUAUCUGAGCAGAAAAUAAUGCUUAAUUAUUAUUAGUUCUGAGUAAUGCUUAUGAAAAUUGCUCCACAUUAAUUUCACAUGGCUGACUGGCUAAUGGAUGCAUAAGGGUCUUGUAACCCUUUGCAAAAAGACUAAUAAAAGCUAAAAACAACGGCAAUAUAUUACUUUAGCAGCUAUUAGUAGUAGACAGUGUCUGCUGGCAUUAAUACCUAUAUUUAUUUUCCUUUCUAUUAAUAAUAUAUCAACAGAUUCUAGAAGCUGUGUCAGGGGCUGGAUAUCAGGAAAUAUUUCCUAAUGCUGUAAUCUAUUCAGCUACAGAAUUGUUUCCCCCAAAGGAAAUGCGAGAUGUCCUCCUGCUUGAAUUAUUUUAAUGUAGGGAUCGUAUAGAGCACUUUUGCCUACAGCACAUGGCCUGGAAAAAGCCUGCACUUACAGGGAGCUGCAAAAGGACCCAGUAGGUCUUUUUCCAUCAGUCACAUUUGCAAACGGAUGAAUCUGUGUUAAAUGAAGGUGAUGCUACUUAGUGGUUGCAGUAGGGCACUGCUGCUGUGGGUUUGGGUCCAUUCUGCUGCUCAUUUACUCAGUGGCCUUAGAGAAAGAAAGUUUGUGCCUCGUGCCUCAGUUUCCCUACUUGCUAAAUGGAGAUGAUGAAAGCGGUUCACUUUGGUAUAUGGAAGCAUCAGUUCUGCAUAUUAAGACCAACUAUGUAGAUGCAAAGGAAUAAACAGGACACUUUUUCCUCCUUAUUUAAAACAUCAUAAAAUUCAUUAAAGUAAAUUCAUCUUUGCUACUACAUUCACUGCUCAAUAAUUAGGGUGAGAAAGGAAAUGUUUGUUCAAUAUUUCUAUGCUGUAACAUGUUGAACCAGUAUUCUGUUUCAAAGGUAUUUGUGUUUUGAGACAGCACAUCACUUCUGAUUAUGGAUUUGAUGGGAAUGUGUCAGAGUCACACAAAAUCAAAAUAUAAUGUCUCAGCUUUCUCAUUAACAUUUCAAUUAUUUUUUUAAGCUUUAUAACAUUGGUAUACUAUGUUUCUUCUGCUAUUGUGUUCUGUAUUUAUGGGUCUAGAGCAUCUAAAUGAAAAGUUUCCAAACUGAACUAACAAUUUUAUGCUUCAGGCUAUGGUUUGGGAUGCUCAGUUUCUAUCUUAAACUGCAUCUCAAUUCCUAUUGCCCCUUCUUUCUUUCCAGAUACUUCUUCCUCAUGUCCAGUUGGCCCAAUUGAGAGCAUCAAGCAACCUGGGCAAAAGAAAUAUGUCCCCUGCAAUAUCCUUUCCUCGAUGAGCAAAGCCGGACGGCAUAAAUCAAGAGGCUGCUGCAUCGGGGGUGGUGAUGAAAAGCAGUGCACCAAAAUUCAGAUUUUGGUGUCAGCACUACACCUUUAGCAGCAAAUAUCAGAAGACAAGCACACUAUGGAAAUGCUCAGAGACUUGGGGAAACAUCCAUAAGAGGAUUCAGGGAAAAAUGUAGGAGGAUGUGGCUACUCAAGGAGACAGAGGGCAGGUAGUCAGGCCUUGCUUGCACGUUUUGCUAAGGAGAUAGAGCAAAAGCAUCUCCCAUGAGCAAUGAAGGCAGCACUAUAAAAACCAAUAUACCCAACUAAUUUUGGCUUAAUUCUUCAGAAAUUGAGGACUGUGUACUUAUACAUGUUGUUUCCCUGCCUUCCCCAACCCAGCUGGCCAUUUGUGCGCAACUUUGAGGAGAGAGAUAGAAGAUUUGAAGGUGAUGGUGUUUGUGCAGGUUUGGCAGCAAGAUCUGGUUGCAGAUGAGAAGUGGGGAGGGCUUUAAGUACAUAGAGUUGUGUGGCUCCACCGUGAGGAGGAUCAAUCCAAGGCCACAGAUAACUAGUGCUGUAGAAACCCAGCCUUUGUUCACCAUGAUGAUCCCAGACCUCUCUCCUCCACCUCCUUCUUGGUAGAUGUGACAUGGGUGGUCUGAAGACAAAGGAAUUCCCAGCAUGAUCCUUUUAGAGGGACUGAAAUUUCCCGUUUCCCCCAUUUCCCACCUGGGUUUCCUCACAGGGCAGAGACACAGUGAAAUGCAUAGACUUGUCUUCUGCUCCCUUCAGCAUCCUGGUUCCUCUCUGUCCCUCUAAGGAGAUGGCAAAUGGCACACAUGGCUGUGACCAUGAGCGCUCGCAUCCCUUUGUCAUUUCAUACGUACCGAAGAAGUGUUUUGACUUUGUGUAUGUGUCUUUAGCCGUCUGACUUCAAUGCAAGCAACAUUCGGGAGGGCUUUUUACUCAUUCAUAAUUUUGUGUGCCUACCAGACGAUGGGUGAAAAAGCACCUGUGGAUAUGGUAGAAAUCAUUGGUCAUCUCUUUAAUUGUAUCUUUUGUUGAUGGUAAAGUAGAUCAAUGCUGGAUGCUGGAGGCUGCAGAGGUUCAGCUCCCCUUCCCACUUUUCCCAGCAACUUCCCAAGAGUCUUUCUGGACAUUUUUCAGCCUAAGGACUCAGUUUACCCUUCUGUAAGCAUAAUUAAAGCCAGGAAUCCCUCUUGGGAUGCACCAGUUGUGACAGUGAUUAAUCACUGUUUUUAACUAAACCAAAGAGAAGCUCUGGGACAUAAAACAUUACUGACAAUAUAGAACGACUUGAUUUGCUGAACAACUGCUGAACACUUUUGGUGUUAGGCUGAAGACCUGCUUUAAGGAGGUGGAUUGUGGUCUGGAGGAGAGCCUGGCUUUGGGAUGAAUAGGGGAUGGAGGUUGGCAGCCUUUGACUUGCCUAACGAAGCCAUUGAUGUCCCUAAUUGCACCCCAGAAAUACAACCACGCCUUUCCCUGCAAUGUGGGAAUGCUCAAGCAUGAUGGAUCUGUACCCACUCUUUGCACAAUGGUUGUGCUUGCUGACCUUGAAGAAACACCUAUUCUAAUUGAAGGAUUUUGCUCAGUUGCCAAUUUUACUCUUUGAGCAUUUAAUUGCCAGGGAAAUCCCUCUGGUUUUGGCUUCUCUGUCAGUCCUGUGACACCCCACACUGCUGAUCAUAAGUGGCUUUUCUAAGUCAUGCUUAAACUGCCCAAGUACUUCAAGAGCACCAGCUUGGACACCUCUGGGUAGAUCAGACUUCUCUGUUGUUCUGACAUUGGUGUGCACCGACCCUGGUGGUUAUUCGGGCUUGCAAAAUGCACCAGCUGGCAGCAACUGAGCUCACAGCAUCCUGCGGCAUCACGAAACAUCCUCUGGUUGGGUAUUUCGAAGUAUCUGUGUUCAAAGUAUCUGCCUCCCGUGUCCUUUUCUGAGAGGUGUCUUGUGCUCGUGAAUGCUUUUUGUAUUCACAACUAGUUGCUUUCUCCAUGUCUCAUCAUGACUCACUGCUUCAAAGGCUCUUUAAUAUGCAAUCCACUUUGUUCCCACAGCCCAGACCAUUAAAUGAUUUAUUAUAGCAUGUGGCUGCAGAGGAGGGCGCUGCAUUUGGCUCCUCUGUUGGGAAAGGUGGGCUUCAAGACACUGCUGGAAAGUAAAAGUUCUUCUUCCUCCAGGCUUUUGAAUGCAUGUGUCUUAACACGAACUCUGCAGACAUUAAUCACAACGUAAGCAACUCACGUAAGCUACCCCAUGUUCCUCCAAAUUAGGGAAGUGGGGAGGAAAGGAUGAAACAGUGGCUUGGGCAAUGAAUACAGAUACAAGGACAUAGAUUCAGCUCUGCAACAACGCUGUGAGAUCUGUGGGGGUUGCACACGAAGAGAAUUAACUCUUGAAAAUUGAGACAAUUAGUUGUGAACCAUCUGAAGCCUAUUUGGAGAGCUAUCUGGAGAAGAAAGAUUUCCUUUUUGUCCUCUUGCCUUUGAUGACAAUGGGCGGGAAUUUGAAUGAACUUGUGCCUUUGACAUAGAUGAGAAGGUAUUUUUCUCACAACCACUGUGAAAAGCAUUGCUUCAGUCUGGGAUGCAUAAGAAUUUGGGUAAAACGAUAGGCAAGUGAGGGUUUUCCCUGAAGAUGGUCAUCUUAAGCAAAAAUUUUGGGAGUAACCUUGGUCUGAGCAGGAUCAUGGGAAAGGGAAAAGGGAACAAUAGGAAAUCAUCUGUUGACUAUGAGAACGAGUUUAUAAACAGCCCCUGAAACACAUUGUGCUGGGCCAGUGGUCUACAUAUUCCUUCACUUCAAGCUGCACUAAUAAUUUGCCCAGUUUUGUAACUUUUUGGCCAGAGAUUCAACCUGAAAGUGGUGCUAUACAGAGAAGAGGGCUUUGUUAGGAUGGGAAGGGACCCGGGAGUGAUGCAGCAGCUCAGGGGCACUGGGGAGGUGUUGAGAAACCUCCAUCUACCUGAGUGUCACUGCCCCAGCGAUGCUGAGAGAGGUGGGGUGGGAUUCUGGAGCUGGAUGUGUAGAGAAGCAUGAAGAAUCACAAGUGUUUAUUCAAGAUGUGUCCAAUCGCUGGGUGCCGUGUGAUGAGAGAGUUAUUUUGCAGAUGAAUGAGCGGCUGUCGCUCUGUUUGCACGACUGUAAUGUCAGAAGGAAGCCAUUGGUGCAGAAAGGAGCCUCCCGGCAAAUGUGUGUUAUCACAUCCAGGGUGUCUGGGGUGUGGAUUCGAUGGAUGCUGCCACUUGCAAAUCUCUCUGUUGCCCCACAUUUGAACCUGCUUUCUGGACAAAACUGGCACACCAUGUCCUUCAGGGGAAUAUAAUUCUUCUCAGCACAAUGCCAGAUCUCAGGGUGUGAUCUUUUACUCUUCUUUGUUGGAUGUUGUUUGUAUUGGGUGGAGCCAGAUGUUGGACAGAACCUUCAUGCACUGCAUACGGGGUCUGGCUGGGAUGGCGUUAGCUUUCUUUGUAGCAGCUCAUAUAGAAUCAUGUAAUCAUUUUUGUUGGAAGAGACCCUCAAGGUCAUAGAGUUCAACCAUUAACAGUGUCACUAAACCAUGUCCCUGAGAACCUCAUCUCUGCAUCUUUUAAACCCUUCCAGGGAUGGUGACUGCAGCACUGCCCUGGGCAGCCUGUUCCAAUGCCCAACAGCCCUUUCCAGGAAGGAAUUGUUCCUAAUAUCCAAUCUAACCUCCCCUGGCACAACCUGAGGCCAUUUUCUCUUAUCACAUGUUACCUGGGAAAAGAGACCAACAUCCUCCAUGUAGAGAGUGAUAAGGUCUCCCCUCAGCUCCUGUUCUACAGGCUGAACCCCCCAGGUCCCUCAGCCGCUCCCAUCACCAUCACCAGCUCCAUUCCCUUCUCUGAACUCCAGCUCAUCAGUGUUUUAGCUGUUGCUGAACAGCACUUCCACGAGGCUUUCUCUGUUUCUCUUGCUGCCCAACCAGUGAGUAGACUGGGAAUUCACAAGAAGUUGCAGGGGGACACAGGCAGGACAGCUGACACCAACUGGCCACAGGGUUAUUCCAUACCAUAUGACAUCAAGCUCAGCAAUAAAAUUUUUUACAAUACAGGUGGUAAAACACUGUCCCAGGUUGGCCAGAGAGGUGGUGGAUGAACCAUCCGUGGAGACAUCCCAGGCCAGGCUGGACGGGGCUCUGAGCAACCUGAGCUGGUGAAGAUGUCCCUGCUCAUGGCAGGGGUGGCACUGGAUGAGUUCUGUAAGUCCUUUCCGACCCAAACUGUUCCAUGUUCUUGGGGAAAGAAAGGAGAAGUGGGGAUAUAUGUAGCUAUGGCAUUUGCCUUCCCAAAUAUCGCUAAGCAUAGUGAAGCCCAGCUUUCCUGGAAAUGGUUGAACACCUUCCUGCCAACAGGAAUUAGUGAAUGUGGUUCCUUAUUUUGUUUUGCAGCACAUGCAGCUUCACUUAUUAAGCUGUCUUUGUGUUGAUUUGUAAGGGUUUUGCCUUUAGACUGGAUCCUGCACUUGCAUUUUACUGGUAUUGUUAAAGCAUCCAAAACUCAUGCAUCUCCAAGGAUGCAUUUAAAAGCAUUAAAAGGUUGGUCCUUGCAUAAGCUCCAGGUGACUCUGUGAUAUUUCCCCUGCAACCAGCACACAGAUGUUGUGGCUACAUAUCUCCAAUAACCUAAAUGGCACCAAGGCCUCUUCUCCAGCCCCAAAAAUAGCUGGCUGGGUGCUGCUUUAUCCAUAUGGUUAAAAUCUCAGCCUCCAAACCAGGGUGGCUGAUCCAAACUGCCUCCUGGCAAUGGUCCCUGGCCUGUGUUAAGCUGGGAAGUGUUUGGGUUCAUGCUUGUUAGUCUGGGCUGAAGCAGGGCCAGGGUUAUUGAUGAACCACAUAGGUGGGUGAAUUCUUGUACCCACUCAACUCUCUUUUGUUUACCAGUACAGAGCUAUAGCUUGUGCAUCACUCCUUCCUCCAAACCCUCCUUCUUUCCCCAUUCUUCUGCCAACAAUUCCUGCUCUACAGCCAUCCCAAACAUCCUCCUACCAGCCUGGCAGGCUCGCUCGAGUCAUGAAACCAUUAUACAAAUCCUCAAAUGGGCUUAUAAGGUACGGUUUGGUGUUCUGUUUUUCCCACUGUGUUUAGAGGCACACUGAGUCACUGCUGAAAAGGGCUUUGACCAACCCGCUGCCUGCCGUUACAGGAAGGGCUUGCAUUGCAAACUUUUCAAUACCACCUACGUUCCUUCUUGGCUGCCAGGAUUUCAAAGCAAUCACUGCACAAUUACAGGCUAACUAUACAAUAAAGAAAAGGGAAUGGCACCAUCCCACUGUGAUCUUGCAGGGGACCAUAGAACUGUUCUCUAAUAAAGGUAAAUAGGUUUCUGCUUUGCUGCAUAAUGAGCCUCUGAUGAUUUCAGCAGGAGAAAUCCCAAUUAGAAACGGGUGGAAAAGUGGGUGUCCCACCUUGGGAGUGUGUUGGAAAGCCUGAGAACUUUUCCUGUUGUGUUUUGUGGUUAAACCAAGGCUUUUACAUAAAAAACCCCACCACCACCACCACCAAAAAAAAAACCCAAUGAGCCAAACACCCUAAAUUACCAGACACAAUGCUGUGAAGCAGGAUUCAAGCCUUUCUACCUUUUCUUUUUUCACCUAUUACAGUCUGGCAAGAAGAAUAUCACCUCCCACCCCAGUUAUGAUCCAGAGCACCAGUGUGUGGGCUGUUUGGUGGUGGGAGUCUCUGUGGGAUCUGUUCUACUUCAUAUAAAUGACUAUUUACAAGGAUAAAAGGGUAAGAGAUUGACAUGUUUCUAAUAUUUUUCAAGAAAUUUGAAAAAUCCUGAGGUAGCUGCAGUAGUGAAGGAAGAGCAAAGGCAUCUGCUGAUUCAACAUGAACCAGACCCCAGAGAGGGUUUGUAGGAAGCACCGACUUGCAUUGUAUCACUUGUAGGUCUAUUCUGUCACUAGACAACAAUGAUUUUAGCCAGGAGGAAAUGUCAUAAGGCCAAAUGGCCUGUUUUGGCCACCUCCAGACAGUUAAGUGCUCUCCCUGUCCUGUGUGGGUGCCCCCAUCCCAACUGUCUCACGAGAUGCAGGUAGCCAAGUCAACGUCCCCAAAGAUCACAGAAUCAUAGAAUCACAGAAUGGACUGGGUUGGAAAAGACCUCAGAGAUCAUCGAGUCCAACCCUUGGUCCAACUCCAGUCCAUUGACUAGAUCAUGGCACUAAGUGCCAUGUCCAAUCUCAGUUGAAAAACCUCCAGGGCCGCUGAGUCCAGCACCUCCCUGGGCAGCCAUUCCAAUGCCUGACCACUCUCUCUGCAAAGAAUUGCUUUCUAAUAGCCAGCCUCAAUUUCCCCUGGCAGAGUUGAAGCCCAUGCCCCCUUGUCCUAUUGCUGAUGCCUGGGAGAAGAGCCCAAUCCCCACCUGGCUAGAACUGCCCUUCAGGUAGUUCUAGAGAGUGCUGAGCUCACCUCUAAGCCUCCUCUUCUCCAGACUAAACAAGCCCAGCUCCCUCAGCCUCUCCCCAUAGAGCUUGUGCUCAAGUCCCUUCCCCAGUCUUGUUGCUCUUCUCUGGACCCGCUCCAGCACUUCAAUGUCUUUCCUGACCUGAGGGGCCCAGAACUGAACACAAUACUCCAGGUGUGGCCUCCCCAAUGCAGAGCACAGGGGAAGGAUCACUGCCCUUGUCCUGCUGACCACGCUAGUUUGGAUACAGGACAGGACACCAUUGGCCUUCUUGGCCACCUGGGCACACUGUUGGCUCAUGUUGAGCUUCCUGUCCAUUAGUCCCCCCAGGUCCCUUUCUGCCUGACUGCUCUCCAGCCACUCUGUGCCCAGCCUGGAGCGCUGCAGGGGGUUGUUGUGACCAAAGUGCAGGACCCGGCACUUGGCCUUGUUGAACUUCAUCCCAUUGGAAUCAGCCCAUUUUUCCAGUCUAUCCAGAUCCCUCUGCAGAGCCCUCCUGCAGAGAUGUGACACCCUGCAUGGGAGUGGGCACAUUCUUCUCCACAUGUGUCCUGGUUUUGUUAAAAACAAGUUUCUCUUUUCGUGAUUUUGCCUGUCAGCUAAAGCCUUCAUAUUGGCUGCAUUUUCCUGGAGAGCCAGAUACAUGUUUCGGUAAACAUAUCAAUGGAAUGCAAACUUACUGAUAAGGACAGAUUCACAUCUCGUGAGCGGGACAACGAGAAACAAGUGACAAAGAAACUGACCAAUGGUGUAUAACAUCCCAUUCACAUGAAUACUUCAUAUAAAAGUGGGAGAUCACGAGGAUCUCAUCCCUUUUCCUUAUGGCGACAUUAGGAGAGGAUCUUGCUAGUCGUCCCUGCGAACUGAGGCCAGUGACAGACUGAAUUCAGCUCUGGUUGGCUGCGAAGUCCAGUCGAGGACUUUGGGUGCCGGCUCUGCAGUUGCUGGGACUUUCAGGAUUGGUUUUGUAUAUUUUGUAUUAUUUUCUCUAUUCUUAUUAGUAGCAUUAGUAAAACACCUUUAAUUUUUCCAGCUGUCCUCUCUCUGUCCUUCUUUCCCUCCCGAUCGCCUGUCCUGAGUGGGAAGGGGGGAGAGGGAGGGGCAAAAGAGG